AUGGUUCUGGAAGAAUUACUUGAUCAGAUAAAAUAUCCCACUAACAGAAAUAAUGCCAUUUCUCCAAUGACUCAAUUGUUACUAACUUUGAGGUUUUUUGCAACGGGGAAUUUUCUAAUUACAGCAGGGGACUUUAGUGGUGUUAGCAUUGCAGCUGCUGGACAAAUUGUUAAGCGAGUCAGUUAUGCAUUGGCUAUAAAAAGUGAUAAAUAUAUCAAAAUGCCUAAAGCAACAGCAGAAAUAAUGAAGGUGAAAGUGAUGUUCUAUGGUUUAGCCCGUUUUCCAAAAGUAAUAGGUGCAAUUGAUUGUACACAUAUAAAAUUGCAAUCUCCAUCAAGAGAAUACGGGGAACAAUACAGAAACAGAAAGGGGUAUUUUUCCUUAAAUUUACAAGCUUUGGUUAAUGCAAAUUUGGAGUUUUUGGAUGUAGUAGCACGUUGGCCCGGCUCAGCACAUGACAGCAAUAUUUUUGCAAAUAGCAGGCUCAGAGCAAGAAUGGAACUCCAUGAGUUUAAAGAUUGCGUAAUUCUAGGAGACGCAGGGUAUGCAUUUUCCCAUUACUUGCUAACACCUAUAGCAAAUCCAACAACAAGGGCUGAAAGAUUGUACAAUGAAUCUCAGAUUAGGACUCGUAAUGUGGUGGAACGAACGUUUGGAGUCUGGAAACGAAGAUUUCCUGUCUUAUUUUUUGGACUACGUUUGAAAAUGGAAACAUCAAUGGCAGUUAUUCAAUCCUGUGCCAUACUUCACAACAUUGCUCGGUUGGCAAAUGACCCACAACCACCAGAUGAGGUUGAAAAUAUUAAUUAG